AUGGUCAACUCCUGUUGUGGCUCUGUGUGCUCUGACCAGGGCUGUGGCCUGGAGAACUGCUGCUGCCCCAGCUGCUGCCAGACCACCUGCUGCAGGACCACCUGCUGCCGCCCCAGCUGCUGUGUGUCCAGCUGCUGCAGGCCCCAGUGCUGCCAGUCUGUGUGCUGCCAGCCCACCUGCUGCCGCCCCAGCUGCUGCAUCUCCAGCUGCUGUCGGCCCAGCUGCUGUGUGUCCAGCUGCUGCAGGCCCCAGUGCUGCCAGUCUGUGUGCUGCCAGCCCACCUGCUGCUGCCCCAGCUGCUGCAUCUCCAGCAGCUGCCGCCCCUCUUGCUGUGAAUCCAGCUGCUGCCGCCCCUGCUGCUGCCUGCGUCCAGUCUGUGGCCGAGUCUCCUGCCACACCACUUGCUAUCGCCCAACCUGUGUCAUCUCCACCUGCCCCCGCCCCUUGUGCUGUGCCUCCUCUUGCUGCUAA